AUGCCAAAUCCGGACAGACAUGGGGGCAAGAAGGAUGGGGGCGGCGGGGGGUCCUCGCAGCACGGGCCUGGCAGCGGGAGCUCGAACAGCAAGGAGAGGCACCGGCUGGCCUCCAGGCACAAGAGGCACAAGUCCAGGCACUCCAAGGAGUCACCGCUGGCAGCCCAGGAGACGGCGGCACCUUUGGGCGCGAUGAUCAAGCCCCUGGUGGAGUACGAUGACAUCAGUUCGGAUUCGGAUACCUUCUCGGAUGAUGUGGCCCUCAAACUGGAUAGGAGGGAAAACGAGGAGAGGAAGGACAGGAGCGAGAGGAUACAGAAGCACCGGCACCACCAGCACAAGCGCAUUCGGGAGCUGAUGAAGAGCAAACAGGCAGAGAAAGAAAGGAAGUUAGAAAAGAGCCUGGAGGCAUCCAGCAGGUCCGGGUCCACCAAGGACAGAGUAUCAGGAUCCUCCAAAAGACUCCUUGAGAGUGAGGAGCACCCCAAGUCGUUGUCCUCAAAGAGCAGCAACAAGGAGUCCCGGUCAGCCAAGGCACACAAGGAGAAAUCCAGGAAGGAUCGGGAGCUCAAAUCCAGCCACAAAGAGCGCAGCAAAAGCCAUCGGAAAAGGGAUGCUCCAAAAAGUUACAAAACCAUUGACAGUCCCAAGAGGAAAUCCAGGAGUCCUCACAGGAAAUGGUCUGACAGCCCUAAACUGGACGACAGCCCCUCAGGAGCCUCCUACAUCCAGGAAUACGACCUCAGCCCUCCCCGCUCUCACACCUCCAGUAACUACGAUCCCUACAGGAAGAGCCCCGGCGGCUCCUCACGCCGGCCCUCCAUCAGCCCUCCCUACAAGGAGCCCGUGGCCUACCAGUCCAACACUCGCUCCCCCAGCCCCUACAGCCGGCGCCAGAGGUCCAUCAGCCCCUACAGCAGGAGGCGUUCCUCCAGCUACGAGCGAGGCAGCGGCUCCUACAGCGGCAGGUCCCCCAGCCCCUACAGCCGCCGGCGCUCCAGCAGCCCCUUCGCCGCCAAGCGCUCCGUCAGCCGCAGCCCCAUCGCCAGGAAGUCGGUGAAGUCCCGCAGCAGAAGCCCUGCCUACUCCAGGCACUCUUCAUCUCACAGCAAGAAGCAGAGGUCUGGCUCCCGCAGUCGCCAUUCCAGCAUCUCCCCCACCAGGCUGCCCCUCAACUCCAGCCUGGGGGCAGAGCUCAGCAGGAAGAAGAAGGAGCGAGCGGCGGCGGCGGCGGCCGCGGCCAAGGUGGAUGGCAAGGAGGCCAAGGGCUCCCCCAUUUUCCUGGCUAGGAAGGAGAACAGUUUAGCUGAGCUGAAGGAGCCUGCAGCAGAAGCUAAAAAGGUCACCAAAAGUGUGAAAUGUGAGAAGCCCUCCUCGGACCCGGAGCUGGUGGCUCAGCUGCACAGCAACGCCGAGACUAAGGGCCCUGCGGAGCCAGCGAAGCCCAAGGCAGAGGAGAACUCGGAGAGGAAGCUCCCUGUGCCAGCCAGAGAUUCCAAACAGACAGCAGCAAAGGACUCCAAGCCUGUAGCAGGGGUAGAGGACCUCCUAUCUCCAAAGGACCCAGACGCAGCAGAGAAGGAGAUUCCCCCUCCCCUGCCCUCCCUCAAGUCACCUCCUCCACCCCUGCCCACCACCACGCCGCCGCCUCCCACUCCGCCGCUGCCGCCUUUGCCGCCAUCUCCUGCCGUGCCACCUUUGCCACCCUCCCAGCCAGCUCCCCUUCAGGUCCCUACUUCAGCCCCAACCUCUUUGCCAUCCUCUUCCCACCCAAGGACGUCUACUUUAUCCUCUCAGGUGAACUCUCAGUCCUCUGUCCAGGUGGCUACAAAAACUCAAGUGUCUGUGACGGCUGCUAUCCCGCACCUGAAAACUUCAACGUUGCCUCCGCUUCCGCUGCCCCCUAUUUUAGUUGGGGAAGAUGACUUGGAUAGUCCAAAAGAGAUUCUUCCUCCAAAACCUGUGAAGAAAGAUAGAGAGCAGAGACCACGACACUUACUCACGGACCUCCCGCUCCCUCCAGAGCUCCCUGGGGGGGAUCCAUCUCCUCCUGACUCCCCGGAACCAAAGGCAGCCACACCACCUCAGCAACCCUUCAAAAAGAGACCAAAAAUCUGUUGUCCUCGGUACGGGGAAAGGCGGCAGACGGAGAGCGACUGGGGCAAGCGUUGUGUGGACAAGUUUGACAUCAUUGGCAUUAUUGGAGAAGGGACUUAUGGGCAGGUCUACAAAGCCAAGGACAAGGAUACAGGUGAGCUGGUGGCUCUGAAGAAGGUGAGGCUGGACAACGAGAAGGAAGGCUUCCCCAUCACCGCCAUCCGCGAGAUCAAGAUCCUGCGGCAGCUGAUCCACCGCAGCGUGGUGAACAUGAAGGAGAUUGUCACAGACAAGCAAGAUGCACUGGAUUUCAAGAAGGACAAAGGUGCCUUUUACCUUGUGUUUGAGUACAUGGACCAUGACCUAAUGGGGCUGCUAGAAUCUGGCUUGGUACAUUUCUCAGAGGACCAUAUCAAGUCUUUCAUGAAACAGUUAAUGGAGGGUCUGGACUACUGUCACAAAAAGAACUUCCUGCAUCGAGACAUCAAAUGCUCCAACAUCCUCCUGAACAACAGUGGGCAAAUCAAACUUGCAGAUUUCGGACUCGCCCGACUCUACAGCUCAGAGGAGAGCCGUCCCUACACCAACAAAGUCAUCACAUUAUGGUAUCGACCCCCGGAGCUGCUGCUAGGUGAGGAACGUUACACACCAGCCAUAGAUGUCUGGAGCUGUGGCUGUAUCCUUGGGGAACUGUUUACAAAGAAGCCUAUUUUUCAAGCCAAUCUGGAACUGGCUCAGCUUGAAUUAAUCAGCCGGCUCUGUGGGAGCCCCUGCCCAGCAGUCUGGCCAGAUGUCAUCAAGCUGCCCUACUUCAACACUAUGAAGCCCAAGAAGCAAUACCGAAGGCGCCUGCGUGAGGAGUUCUCCUUCAUUCCUUCUGCUGCUCUGGACCUGCUGGACCACAUGCUGACACUGGACCCUGGCAAGCGCUGCACAGCAGAACAGGCCCUGCAGAGUGACUUCCUGAAGGAUGUUGACCUCAGCAAAAUGGCACCUCCAGACCUUCCCCACUGGCAGGAUUGCCACGAGCUGUGGAGCAAGAAGCGCCGGCGGCAGCGGCAGAGUGGGAUGGCAGUGGAGGAGCCACCACUGUCCAAAGUGUCCAGGAAAGAAGCUACCUCUGUCAGCAGCACAGACACUGCCAAGAACAACAGCAGUCCUGUGCAGCCACAGCCUGCCCAGCUCAAACCCGAGCCUGGGGCUGCAGAUGCAGUAGGCCUCGGGGACAUCACCCAGCAGCUGAACCAGAGCGAGCUGGCUGUCCUGCUGAACCUGCUGCAGAGCCAGACUGAUCUGAGUGUCUCCCAGAUGGCCCAGCUGUUGAAUGUCCACUCUAACCCCGAGAUGCAGCAGCAGCUGGAGGCUCUCAACCAGUCCAUCAACGCUCUGACAGAAGCCACCACGCAGCAGCAGGAGUCUCAGGCAGCAGCGGCGGCAGCGGCAGCAGAGGAAGCCAUAGAGGAGCCCCCAAAGGAGGCCCAGCUAGCAGAGGAGCAGGCAACUCCAGAAGCAGGCAGUGCUCAGGGAGACAUGCAGAACGUGCUGGCCGUUCUGCUGAGUCAGCUGAUGAAGAGCCAGGAGCCCCUGGAGGAGAGCAAUGGGGAGAAGAGCAGCGAGCAGCAGCGGGGGGCCCGGAAGACCCCCACGCUGCCCCCCGAGGAAAGCACAGCCUGUCCUCCUCGCAUUCUCCCACCAGAGAAGAGACCCCCAGAGCCCCCUGGACCGCCGCCUCUGCCCGAAGGAGACCUCUCCAGCGGUGCCCCGGAGCUGACCCCAGCCGUGACAGCUGCCCUGCUGCAGCUCUUCUCCCAGCAAGAAGCAGAGCCCCUGGGCCACCACGACCACCACCAGCCCUCCAGAGCCUCGGACUACGGCAGGUCCCACUCCUCCAGGACUUACAGCACCGAAGGCUCCGAGGGGGGAUUCGGGUCCGAGGAGCUGAGUUCGGCUCAGACGCUACUAGAACCACCUUCUGCCCAAGCCGUGGGGAAGAGCAGGACCUUCUUGGGCUCCGUGAGCCACCUUGGGGAGACCAGCACCUACCAGGGCACAGGAUCUGUCCAGUUCCCAGGGGACCAGGACCUGCGCUUCGCCAGGGUCCCCCCGGCCCCCGUCGCCCUCCACUCGGUGGGGCAGUCGUUCCCCAAGGCCGAGGGGAGCAACCCCAACCCCCCCACCAACAACUCUCUGCUGCAUCCCGAGGCCAAACUCCAGAGCUACCCCGAGCUGGGGCCAGCAGCAACCAGUUCCAGUGGGGCAGGAACAGCUCCCAGCUGGGCUGCCCCAACCCAGGCCGCUUCUUCCUACGGGAAGCCCUACCGUGGGCCCGGCCGAGUGCCUGCGCGGGGGGGACGGGGCAGGGGGGUCCCCUACUGA